CCAAGUUCAAACCUAACGGCCCCGCUCCAUCCCAACGUCUCUUCCCUCCUCCCCCUUCCUCUUUGACUGGUAGCUAGGGUUUACUCUUCCCCGAAUUCUAAGGUUUUCUCCUCCCCCGUGUAAAUGGCGACCCAAAACCCUAGAUAUAUCUCGGUUGGAUUCUUGAUGACAUGGAAGGUCCGUCCGAUGAUCGAGACCCCGAGCUUUCCUCGAUCGAGAACCCUAUUCUUCCCAAUGGCGACGCUCGCCCGGGCGAUGCCCUCCUGUCCGAGCUCGAAUCCCUUCGAAAUUCGUACAAUGAGCUCCAGCCUAGAUGCAUGGCCUUGGAGGAAACGCAAGCAGAUCUCCGUGCCCGUAACUUUGAUCUCUCUCAGGCUCUGGAGGAGGUAUCGGGGGAGAGGGACUCGUUCCGAAUCAAGCUCCUCGAGGCGGAGGACUCGGCAAAGGAGCAGGAGGAGGCGAAUUUGAGGGAAAGAUUGGAACUUGGUUGCGCAAUUGAGGUGUCUAGGGCUAGGGUUUCCGAGUUGCUUGAGGAAAGGAGCAAGAGAGAUGGAGCCUUGUCUGGAAUUCUUGAUUCUAUCCUGAUGGCAAAAGAGUGCUUGAAGAGGAUUGGUGAGAGGAUAUGCGAGAAGAAAUUGGAGGAAAGUCCGGAGGAGAAAUCCAAUUUGGAGGAUGCACUGGAGGUUUCAAUGUUGGAAACCAAGUCGAUGCUUAAGCUUGGAACGACAGUGGAGUCUAAGUUUUUGGAAUAUGAAGAGAAAAUAAGAAAGGAGAAGAAGGACUUGGGGAACAGCAUUGUGAGUUUGACAGAGGAGAAUAGGGAUAUCGGCAACCUGCUGAGGAUAGCUUUAAUGGAGAAGGAGGCAGUGGAAAAGAGCCUUAAUAAGCUGAGGGGAAGUGCAGAACAGAAGAAGGGUGUAAUCCUGCAGAUAGCUGAGAAGGGACUGCAGAAAGUUGGGUUUGGGUUCAUGAUGGGGGGGACAGGCGGGGACUCGCAAACAGAUCAGAUAACUAGUUCUAAUGCAAGCAUGAAAUCUGAUGGUAGUGAAUGUGAUGAAGAGGUCAUCAGUCUGAUUUGUUGCUUCUGGAUUUUUUCUGAUCAGACGUCAACCGUGGAAACUAUAAUGAAGAAUCUACGGCGUGAGAUAACUGAAUUAAGACGAACUUUGGAUGAGUCCAGGUCAGAUAACGAGCAUUUGCAGACUCUUGUUGAUAAACAAGCUCAGAACUUAACAGAGAGUCAACUAUACAUUAAAGAUCUGGAAGAAAGAGUGAAUAUGCUGGCACACAGUGUUGAAGAGCUCAUGACAGAGAUAAAAGAAGCAGGGGAAGAGGUUGCAAGAUGGAGGGAGGCAUGUGAAUUGGAGGUAGAAGCUGGAAAAGCUGCAAUUGAAGAACGUGAGAAGGAGGUUCAUUUGCUCAGGGAAGAGCUCGAGAGGACAAAGGCAGAGUUGAAUGCUGCAAAUAACAAGCUGAAGCUGAAGGAAAAGCUAGCAGCCACUGCAAUGGCUGCUCAGGCUGCUGCAGAAGUCACCCUCAGGCUGGCAGACAGCAGAUCUGCUGGUUUCAGGGAACGAAUUGAGGAGUUGACAAGACAGUUAGAGGAAGAAGCUGAUCGUGGCAGAAGGGAGAGAAGUGGUAGCCGCAGGAGAGUGAGGCAUAUCUGCUGGCCAUGGCCGGCCUUCAGAGUAGCACCUUCUGCUCGUGCUGCUUCCCAAGGCAGGGUAAGGAGCAGGAGAAUGCUGCCUGAAAUGGAGGCUUUGUUGCAUUUCAGAAUUUAGGAAUUCUGUGCAAUCAAGCUUUUAUGUCUUUCUCGGAGAUUCCUGCUACAAGCAAUACAUAGGCUUGGCAGGAAUUUGAAUCCUAAGUCAUUAAUUUAUAUUUUACGCUGUGCUGUUCAUCGUGUGGUGUCUGUUGUAAGUACGGGUUCUGUGGCUAUGCUAGACCGAGGUGCCUACAAUAUUUUGGUUAUUAGUCGAAGAAAUUUUACCACAUAUACAGGAUCAGUUUGUCUAAAAGGUUGUAUACCGGACUUUGAAUGCAAGCUGACCAAGUUCAUACA